AUGAGCCAAGGCGCAGCCUCCCUGCUGCUCGCCCACAAGCCUCACGGGCGCAUUCUCCUUGUGAUCGGCGAGGGGAAGCUCGCGCUCCAGAGAGCGCGAGCCGCAGUCGACGCAGGCAUGCGCGCUGUCCUUGCGUGGCACACGCCCCAUGACCCGACGGAGCCCGGCAUCGAGUGCGUGGCGAUCGAGCGCGAUACCCUAUUCCCUGCGCCUGCGCAGGAAGCCGCCUGUGCAGAGGCAUGGGCGCACCUGCUCGAUCGCAUUGAUACGCCUGACAAGAACCUCUUUGCCGUCUGCGUCACAGACACCCUCGCCACUGUCGUGCCCGAGGCCCACGCGCGACGCGCCAGGUGCGAGGUGCUCGCGCACGCCUGCCGCGCACGCCGCCUCCCCCUGAACGUGACGGACGUGCCGGAUCUAUGUGACUAUGCGUUUCCGGCGACGCACAGUUUCGCGGGCGCGCACGACUCGCCGUCUCUACAGAUCGCUGUCACCACCAACGGCAAGGGAUGCAGGCUCGCGGGGCGCAUCCGCCGACACAUUGUCAGCUCACUACCUGCGUCGAUCGGUGUUGCCGUUGACCGCAUUGGAGAUAUGCGCGAGCGCGCCAAGUCGGCGGCUGGCCAUGCUGUCGACGCGGGCGAGCACGAAGACGAGCCGUCGCUGGGCGACACACUGGGCUACCACGCGCCUAUGGAACCCAUACCGGCUCCUGACGCCUGCACGUUGCAGCGGAGGCGCAUGCAGUGGAUUGCACAGAUCAGCGAGUAUUGGCCCCUGGACAAGCUCGCGGCGCUCACGCCGAGCGAGAUGCAGGCCCUCCUCGAGACGGACAUGCCUCUGCGCAACAACGCCUUGCCUGACCCGGACGAGCGUGCAUCCAAGCGCUCUCGGCACGACCUCACCGUCGAGCCCCAGUCCCGAGGGCGCGUGUUCCUCCUGGGCUCGGGCCCAGGACACCCAGGGCUGCUGACUGUGGCGGCGCGCGACAUCCUGACGUCGCCCACGACCGACCUGAUCCUCUCCGACAAGCUUGUGCCUACGGCCGUCCUCGCCCUCAUCCCUGCGACCACGCCGCUGGUCAUUGCGAAAAAGUUUCCAGGCAAUGCAGAGGGCGCACAGUCCGAGCUCAUUGCGCAGGCGCUCGAGGCCGCACAGCAGGGCAAGACGGUCGUGCGGCUCAAGCAGGGAGACCCGUAUAUCUACGGCCGAGGCGGAGAGGAGCUCGUCGCGUGCCAAAACGCGGGCAUCGAGUGCACCGUGGUGCCGGGCAUCUCUAGUGCCAUGGCCGGACCGCUCAUGGUCGGUAUCCCCGUGACGCAGCGCGGAGCCGCGGAAUCGUUUGUCAUGUGCACAGGCGUUGGCCGCGGCGGCAAGCGUGUGCGCCUGCCGGGCUACGAGCGCUCCCGCACGAUGGUCGUCCUCAUGGGCGUCGCGCGCCUCGCGGCCGUCGUCGAUACGCUGCUGGCCGACGAGAGCGAGGGACGCGCCGGCCCGGCCUAUCCCCCGUACACUCCCAUGGCCAUUAUCGAGCGCGCGAGCUCAGAGGACCAGCGCAUGAUCGCGACGACGAUCGAGCGCAUCGUCGAUGUGAUGGAGCACCACAUCUCCGAUGGACAGCGCCCGCCAGGUAUGCUGGUCGUCGGCUGGGCCGUCCUCAGUCUCACGGGUCCUGUCGCAGGCGCCCGCGUCCUGGACGACGAGUCACGCUGUGCUGCCGAGCAUGCAGACGCUAGCGCGGCAGCGCAUGCAUUGGCCGCCUGCGACCGCGAGCGGAUCGAUGCGUGGCUCGGCCCGUCGGGCUUCCGCAUCGUCGAGGGAUUGCCCCCCGGCUUUGAGCGUUUCCCCGCAUCGAGCGCACUGCGCGCAGACGAUGCCACACCGGCGCCGCGCUCCGCCACGGGCUGGGCUGCACCGCGCUACGACGCAGCGCCGCGCGCCGUAGGAUGCUAG